AUGGAUUCUGAAAUCGCUUUCACUCCCGCCACAGAAGUGCGGCGUAUGAUCGCCGCCAGGGAAAUCUCUUCCGUGGAGAUCGCCGAGUAUUUCUUCCAGCGAAUCGAUGAGUUGAAUCCGCGCCUGAACGCCUAUCUGACGGUGUGCCCCGAGCAGGCGUUGGCCGACGCCGCGGCCGCGGACGAAGCGGUACAGAGGGGAGACGAAUUGGGACCGCUGCACGGCGUGCCCAUUUCGAUCAAGGACCUGGAACUCACGAAAGGAGUCCGGACGACCAUGGGGUCAGCGGUCUUCCGCGACCGGGUGCCGGAGAUCGACUCCAUCGUGGUGGAACGGGUCAAGGCGGCUGGCGGAAUCAUACUGGGCAAGACCAACACCCCGGAAUUCGGGCAGUCGGGAACCACCGAAAACCUGGUGAGCGAACCGUGCCGCAAUCCCUGGAACACCGACUACACCCCCGGUGGCAGCAGCGGCGGCGCGGCGGCCGCGCUGAUCGCGGGUUUGUGUACACUGGCGACCGGUAGCGACGGCGGCGGGAGCGUCCGCAUACCGUCCAGCUUCAGCGGGGUAACCGGGAUCAAGCCAUCGCACGGGAGAGUGCCCCGAUACGGUGGUUACGGCGGGCCCGCUGUGAACCAUUUCUCGCAAAGCGGGCCCAUGAGCCGGACGGUGCGGGACACCGCGAUGUUGCUCCAGGUGUUGGCGGGACCGGACUCGCGGGACCCCAACACGAUGACCGAUGCGCCUCCGGAUUACAUGGCGGCCCUGGAGGGUGGUGUUGAGGGCUGGCGAGUGGCGUGGAGCGACGACCUGGGGUACGCCGCGGUGGAUCCCGAGGUCGUGCAGAUCACACGCGGCGCCGCGCAGGUUUUCCAGGAGUUGGGGGCGAUCGUUGAGGAAGCGGCGCCGGAAAUCGAGGGCGACCCGUUCCCGGCGUUUUCCACCGUGUUCGGCACGGCGUCAUAUACUUCCUACGCCGGGCUUUACCCGGGACGACGGGAAGAACUGACCCACUACGUGCAAAACACCUUCGACGCCGCGUCUCAACAUACGGCGGCCGACCUCUCCCGGGCGUUGGCAUACGUGGACCGCCUCAAGCGGCGCUUCGCGGAUUUCUUCGACACCUAUGACCUGCUGCUCACGCCGGCGAUGGCGGUGACGGCCUUCCCGAUUGGCCAGCAUCCGACGAGCAUCGGUGGGCGAUCCGUGGAACCGUGGUGGGGGUACCUUCCCUUCACCUUCCCGAUCAACAUGAGCGGGCAAACCGCCUCCAGCGUGCCGUGCGGAUUCUCCGCAGCGGGUCUGCCGGUGGGUCUGCACAUUGUCGGACCGGCGGGAGGCGAGGCUCGGGUGCUCCGCGCGAUGGCGGCAUUCGAAGCGGCGCGGCCUUGGGCGCAGCACCGGCCGGCAGUCUGCUGA